GCUGGAUUAGGAGARGACUGGACAGAAUAGGACAGACCGGCCCCCUUACGCCUAGGCCCGGGGGAGCCACUGGUCAAAAUGGAAAUUGAGGGCCAGGAAAUGACUUUUUUAGUAGAUACAGGAGCUGAACACUCUGUGGUAAUAAAGCCAGUGGCCCCUAAAAAUGGACAAGAACUUCAAGUGGUUGGUGCCACCRGUCAGAGAAGAAGUUACCCUCUGUUACARAGUAGAAAAUGUGACUUAGCAAGACAACAAGYGAUGCAUGAGUUCUUAUAUAUCCCCGAAUGCCCUAUCCCUUUAUUAGGAAGAGAUUUGCUUUGUAAAAUGAGAGCAAUAUUGACAUUUGAAGAAAAUGGAGAAAUGGGAAUGACUGUAAGAAAGGGACCUUAUACUUUGGUUUGCCCUAUGUCAGAAGAAUGGAGAAUAUUUACUGUUAGUCAGGAAUGCGCAGCAGACUGGAAGAGUUAUGGAGUUCCAGGAGUAUGGGCGGAAGACAAUCCACCUGGUUUAGCCCGGUUUAUUCCACCGGUACAGAUAGAGGUAAAACCAGGGAUGGGACCUGUGGCUAUUCGACAGUAUCCGAUACCUCGAAAAGCUGUAGAAGGGAUCAAUUCGCAUCUGAUCCGGUUACUAAAAUAUGGGAUCCUAAGAGAAUGUAGGUCUCCUUGGAAUACUCCUCUUUUACCAUUACAAAAACCAGGGACACAAGAUUUUCGUCCAGUACAAGAUUUAAGAGCUGUAAAUCAAGCCACAGUAACCAUACACCCUGUUGUUCCUAAUCCAUAUGUACUUUUGAGUUUAAUACCGUCAGCAGCUACUCAUUUUACCGUUUUGGAUUUAAAAGAUGCAUUUUUUUGUAUACGACUUGAAAUCAAUAGUCAGCCCAUUUUUGCAUUUCAGUGGGAAAACCCCACAACUGGAACAAAAGUCCAGUAUACUUGGACCCGUUUGCCUCAAGGGUUCAAGAACAGUCCGACUAUAUUUGGAACGGCGUUGGCUCAGGACUUACGAGAGUUCCCAUCAGACCCUAAAAAUAGAGUUCUUUUACAAUAUGUGGAUGAUCUUCUUUUGGCAGCCACGUCGCAAGAAUGUUACAGAGCAACUAAAGAAUUAUUACAUUUACUUUACGAGAAGGGUUAUAAGGUUUCUAAAAAGAAGGCCCAGCUGUGUCAAACUAGUGUCAAGUAUUUAGGUUUUCGUGUGACACAGGGAAAGAGACAAUUAGAAAGAAAGAAAACAGUUUGCGCUAUCCCCACCCCCACCAGUAGGCGUCAAGUGCGAGAAUUUUUGGGGAGUGCAGGGUUUUGCAGACUCUGGAUACCUAACUUUGCUAUAAUGGCAAGGCCUCUUUAUGAAGCUACAAAGGGGGGUGAAAAGGAACCAUUUAAUUGGACCCCCGAAUGCGCCCAAGCAUUUGCCCGAUUAAAACAAGCUUUGGUGAAUGCACCUGCCUUGGGCCUGCCUGAUUUGGAGAAGCCAUUCACACUUUAUGUUGGUGAACGAGAUGGAAUAGCAGUGGGGGUGCUUACCCAGCUAUUAGGAACAUGGCCGAGACCAGUAGCUUACUUGUCUAAGCAAAUUGACCCUGUAGCAAAAGGAUGGCCAACUUGUCUACGUGCUGUAGCUGCUACGGCCCUGCUGACUCAAGAAGCUGAUAAAUUGACUUUGGGACAAGAGUUGAUAGUCAAAGUCCCUCAUUCAGUAACGGCUAUCAUGGACUAUAAAGGCCAUCAUUGGUUCACAAAUAACCGUAUGCUAAAAUAUCAGACUUUAUUAUGUGAAAACCCUCGAAUUAAGUUACAGAUUUGCAGUACAUUAAAUCCUGCUUCACUCCUGCCUGUUGAAGGAGAAAUGCUUCAACAUGAUUGUUUAGAGACUAUGGAUGAAAUAUAUUCCAGUAGGCCUGAUCUGAAAGAUCAACCAUGGCCUAAGGCGGAUACCACUCUUUUUACGGAUGGAAGCAGUUUUAUGGAAAAUGGACAAAGAUAUGCUGGAUAUGCAGUAGUAACUGCAACUACUGUGUGGGAAGCAGAACCACUUCCUCUAAAUACCUCAGCCCAAAAGGCAGAACUGAUAGCACUCAUAAGAGCUCUGGAGUUAUCAGAAGGAAAAAUAGUCAACAUUUAUACAGAUUCUAAAUAUGCAUUCACUACCUUACAUGCACAUGGAGCAUUAUAUAAAGAGAAGGGACUACUAAAUUCUGCUGGGAAAGAAAUACAACAUAGUGAGACCAUUUUGAGAUUGUUAGAUGCUGUUUGGAUUCCUGCAAAGGUAGCAGUGAUGCAUUGCCGAGGACAUCAAUAUGGCGAGGAUCCUGUGACCUAUGGAAACCGGUAUGCUGAUACCACCGCAAAGGCCGCGGCCCGAAAGGGACGAGGAAAAGAGCCGGUCAUGGCCCCUUUGCAGCGGUCAAGGUGGAAGGAAUAA